CCGACUGCUGAUUCACUCUCACAUGUUGGCAGCUCACUGAAGAGAUUUUGUUGCCUGUGCACCUGUUCUCAUCUGAUAUAGCCUAAGAAUAAGAGUGAAACCAAAUGGGGAAAAUGGGACUGUAUUUAAAAAUCACAGCAGGCCUCCUUCUGCUUGCCCAAGCCUCUCACCUGGCAACGAUCCCAGAUUCAACCGACUCUCCGGGGAAGACAAUUGAUAAAGGCUGGCUCCGUGGACUAUCCAAAAAUACAGUUGGAGGUCAAAACACUGGAGUUCCUGAAGAGAAGACAGAAGAUGAUCAGGGAGCUAUGGAGUCAAGUAAUGAUUUCAGCAGUGGGAUAGCAUCUGGCUCCAUGGCUAUAUUUAAUGAAGAAGAGGAGCAUGUGAGCAGCCAAGAUAAGGAUGAAGAAUCUCCUGAUCAGACCGUUGUCACUACCACCAUGCAUCCCUCACUUUCAAAUGUCACAACCAAGAAACAUAAAGUUACUCCAACUACAGAGUCCACAAACCCAAGCCAGGUCAACAUGACAGAUGCCGAGGAGGAGUUUAAUAACUCAACAAUAACACCUCAAAACUCUACAAAUCUGAGCGCACAAAACUCAACCAACAUUUCAGAUUACUCCAAUCACACCGAUUUGCAGACGACAACCUCAGCUCCAGAGAGCAACGCUACGCAGGAUAACGCAACGAAAACAGAUGAAGAUACUCAGUUAACUAAUGCUACAGAAACUACCAGCACAACAACAACAACAACAACCACAACUGUAACAACCACAACGAUGCCAGAGAUAAACGAGACAGCAGCCACGCCUCCAUCUACAACAGCCGUCCUCUCUGAGACCACAGAAGCGACCCUUGCAACUUCAACCGCAGCUGCUCCGAAAUCACCUGAGAAGGCCAACAAGACAGACAAAGGUCCGGCCUCAGGGAGCAGCUCAGAAAGAGGUCUGGAAUCAGGUCCCCAGAGCAGCAGAAGAAAAGGAGCGUGGGGGGCUGUGCUGGGAACGGCUGUGGCUGUGGCCUGCGUGGGACUGGUCGCCUAUAUCAUCCUGAAAAAGAAACACCAGAAGGGUUUCUCUCACAGGAAACUUGUGGAGGAGUUUCCUUCAGACCCAGUUCUCAGAUUGGACAACAGUGAACCUUUGGAUUUGAACUUCGGAGGUUCGGCCUAUUACAACCCAGGACUCCAAGGGGACAACAUCCAAAUGAGCAGCUUUCCAGGACGUCGUGGAAACUGAUAAAGAAAGAAAAACAUAACAAACUCCCAAGACCAAAGUCAUGAGCUCCCUUGAAAGAAACUCUGCCAAUUGUGCUGAUUGUCAUUCGAUAGACAAACCUAUGACAUGGAGUUUUGUAAAUAAGACUGUGUGAAGGUGACAUUUGUGGAUGGAAAUAACAAAUGAGUUUGUAAAAGUCUAUUGUCGGCCACCACAAAUGAUACUCAUGUUAGAUUAUGCAUUAUGCUGAGUAGAUUUAUUGCGUUGAAAUAGAGCGAUCGCUGAAGGCAAUCUAUCUGAACUACACUGCAACAGCCAAAAUUAACUGUCAGCCAUUUGUGUACGUUGCCAAAGGGAAUCAAAUGAAGUCUUUCCUAAUGAAGAAUACGUGCCGCACUCAAUGAAGGAUGUUAAAAAUUAAUAUUUUGUUAUAACCUUUGGUUUGAUUUUGAAUCAUUUCUUCUUGAAUAGGAGUCACAAAGUGCUGUUAAAGACAAAGAAAUACAUUUGCAUGAGUGCGACUCCUGCUGAUGCAAAACAUUUGGAAACAAACAAACAAAACAAAAAAGUGAUGUUGUUCUGCAGCCUAAAUAACAGAUGACACAGCUGGCCCACUGAGGCCUUUGCAACAAAAUUCAGAAGCCAUGGUGAACAAUAGCAUUAUCCAUAUCGACAAUCCCCUGCUGUUACGGCAUAAGGAAGGCAAUAAGAAGUGAAAUUUGAACUGCGCUCUCAGAUGUAACACAACUGGCAGUCACAGCCAGACUCUGAGGAUUGAACCAUCAAACCAAAGACUUGUGUUCUUUUUUUUUUUUUUUUUUCCUAUUUCACACCAGGGAGGGAGGUGGAGGGAGGCUGUUUUGUUAUUCAUAGACUGGAGGCUUUGGUAUUCAGGAAGGGAGUUGUGUAUUUGGUCUUAGCACUACUCAGUAGCAACAACUAUAUCAUCAUAAUAUACUUCUUCUUACUGACCUCCGGGUGUCCAAACGGAGAUCUGAGUUUCUCGUGUGCACCUCGGAGAGUUACAGUACAUAGAGUUUAACUUCUGCAUGCCGCGAGCAAAAUUAGAACAUACCUAAUGCAGAUUUUAAAAAGUUUUUUUUAAAAUUGUUAUUCUUCUCCUUUAAGUUUGCUUUAACUUUGAGUGACAACCUUCAGCAAGAAAAGUGUUUUUUUUCUUCUUUUGGACUGAGAAUUUUUGUGAGCACAAAGGGAAUAGGCAGGGAUUAACUACACCCUCUCAUCUUUUUAUGUAUCUAAUGCCUUUGUAUGAUAAAAAUCUAACAAUAUUUCACAAAUAUUCAUUUCUAAACUUUCUUACUUUUCUAUGUUAUACAUUUUUAUAACUGUAUAUGUGAAGAAAAUCUAUUCCGAAAAUCCAUCUUUCAGCUCCCUCGAUCCUUUCACUUAUCAUUACCUGAGUGAAGCCUGCACUCGAUCAAUAUGUGUCCUCAUUAUGAUUGAUACAUGCCUCGGCCCGGCCUAAACAGCCAACAAUAAGAUGUGUGAUUUUUGUUUUUGUUUUUUUGCUUUGGUUCGUAGGCAGGCACGACAGGUCUGCUUCCUUCCUUGCUCUAAUUUCAGACAUCAAUCAGCAUGGGGGGCAUUUCGUCUGACUGAGAGAGAGAGAGAGAAGAGUUUUUGUGUCGCAGUGUUAAAGAAAUCACAGUGAUUACUGCAGAAAUAAUACACGGUAUAUGGAUAACGGGACACUUUUGCAUCGGUUUGCUUUGCGAAAUGUAAUGAUACUUGAUGAUGUCUUAAUAAAAAACAAAU